ACAUUGUCCGACGUCAGGGGACGAAAUGACUCGAUGGUACUUGGUAUUUGUGUGGAUUCUUUUAGGUCCAUACAGAGAUGCAGCUGGAACGGAGUGCUCAGAUGCAAUUACAGAUGGAACGCAAGUACUAAACAUGUGUGAAGACGGUAAAGCCGAAGGUGGAAGUGUGGUUAUAGACACAUACGGGUCUUCUAUUUAUAGACAAAAUGGCGUCAGUAUCAACUGUUCCUGUACGGCGACCCUGGAGGAAGUUUCCGGCGGGCAGUCCACAACUCUUAGUUUUGAAUCUGUCCAAUCUUUACAACCUUCGCCCGGAUGUGGAAGUGGUAUUUAUCUUAUACCACAACUGCAAACUUUCCCAGGUCAACCUAACACGUAUUGGUGUGUUGUUAAAAACAAUACAUUCAAUGCCGUAAAAGAAAAUGAUACAUUUACUGUUGUAUGGCAGUCUGGAAACAACGGAAGUACAUCGGGAUAUUGUCUGUCAUUCAGUGCAGGAUCAGAGUCACUCCUAUCUGUAAAAUGUACACCUAGCCCGAUUUACGUCACUUCAACAUCGUCACCAACAUCUCCUACUAUGACUGUUGUGACGACAACGAUGACGACAUCUAGUACAACAACGUCAGCUACAACUACCCCAAAAUCAUCAAUAACAACUACACUAACAACUACUACCCUUUCUACAACCUCUGACAGGGGAGCUAACCCUUCAUCGACAAAACCAACGACGAUGACAGAGGGAGCGACAAUGGCGGAUCAGAUGAAGGACAAAGAUUUAGACACAAAUGUAAUUAUAGGCAUAGCUGCUGGAGGCGUGGUCUUUGUCGGAAUUUGUAUCAUAAUAGCGGUCACGUGUGCACGAAGGAAAAGGAAACCGGAUGAGCCUGGAGAAACUUCAACUGUAACCCAUAACGUAUUGUAUGAGUCAUAUAAAACACCAGAAACGGAAAUGAAACAUAUAGUGACCCCUAGUGGCGAUAUAUAUGCACAAGUUGAAAAGGAUUCGAAAACCGAAACAACAAAUUCCAACGACCAAUCUCGAGAACCGGAACAGGAAACACCUCAUAUAGUGACACCUAGUGGUGAUACAUAUGCUCAAAUUCACAAUACGCGUAGUGAUAAUGUUUUAUAUUAGUCAAACCAAAUAGAUGCAGUGUAUGACAUUGCAAGGUUGCAUAAAAUUUUGUUUCGUGGCCGUCCAAAAACCCUGCCGGGGAGAUCUAAAUCCGGAGAAAAAACGGAAUAUUACAACACUAUAGUUUCAUUGGUGGAUACUCUACACCUUAGUGUCUGUAUUGUUGUACUCUAGAUGGAGUUUUCAUUUCUAUUUUAUGUCCUGUCAGUCUGUUGAAGGACGUAGAGAAGAGCAGAUGAGUCCAUGGGUCUUACAGACAUC